GCUUUUCCCAUCUGCCUAAUGGGCUCUACCCGUCGUACAUUCCCCUGAGCCACCUCGAGCCCCCCAGCGCUGGCAGUCCUCUCCUGGCCCAGCUGGGUCAGCACAGCCUCUUCGAGUCGCAGAAAGAUGGGUUCUACCUGUCCGGCCACGCAGGCCAGUCCGCUUUGCAUCCGCAGCCUCCCCUCUCAAGGACAGCAGGCAACCACACGUCGAGCACUUUGCUCCGGGAGAAGGACCUUGGGCAGCUGCACAAGAGCUCAAAAGAAGGCCUGAAAGACCCCGGUGGGAAGGAGCGGGCAUGCCGGAGCGAUCUGUCCCUGCCCUUUGCCAAGAAGGAGGGCAAGCCAAAGGAGGAGCCCCGGCCCCGCAGUGUGGUAGACCUCACGCAGGACACCAAGCCCGACAGCGACCGGAAAGUGAGCGUGGUGGAGAAGGCGGUGAAGGUCAGCGAGCGUCUCUCGCCGUUCCUGGCUGAGCACAUGCCAAAUCGGGGCAUGGGCGGUGGGGAACCCAAGUCCAAGAACCCACUGCAGAGCUCUUCCCUCAGCAACUGCAACGGCGGCGGGGACCCCAUGCUGAAGGUCCUGGGUGCAGAGCAGGACCGCUGUGCCAAGGAUCCCGCUCGGCACGAUGAGAACAUGAGGCCUUCUGCGCACGCCCAGGCCGAGCGGCUGAAGCGGGGGGAGCCCCUCCUGCCCUCCGUGGGCGCCUUGCACGUCUCCUGCAGCUGCCCGUCCCCACAUCCCUCGCAGCCGGGGAAGAUGACGCCGGCCACGACAUUCCCUCCGCAGCCCGUCCAUUCCAGCAUGUACACCAUCUUCCCACCGGCCAAGGAGCUGGGGAGGGAGCACAAAGUCAUCGCCCCCACCUUCGUGCCUUCGGUCGAAGCCUAUGAUGAGAGGAGUGGGCCCAUCCAAAUUGCCUCGCAGGCCCGCGACAACAAGACGAAGGACAAGGACCUCGGCAAGGUGGGGGUGCUGCAGUCGCCCACGGAGCGGUGCCUCGCAGACGCUUCCCGCACACUCUUGUCCCAGGACUUUUCUUGCCACAGCGAUGCCAAAAGGAUGGAGGCUCUGAGGGAGAAGGGCUCGGUGAUCAGGGCGAACUCCAUGGCGCUGAAGAGACAGGUCACUUCGGAGCCCUUUCUCAACCGGCCAGGGUUGGGCUCUCCGGAGAGCAGGGAGUUCCUGGCUUCCAAGGACUUCUCCAAAGAAGCGGCGAAGGUCUACGGCACUUUGGACUCUUCCCGGCAGCACCUGGACCACGGUCAGCUGAAACCGCCCGAGCAGAAGUGGAAGCCCUUUGAGAUGGGCAACUUUGCCACCACGCAGAUGGCGGUGCUGGCCGCGCAGCACAACCACGUCACCCGGGCGGAGGAGGAAGCCAAGAAGGUCUACCUUGACCCCAGCGGCUUGCCACGGUCCUCGGUGGUGGGCUCGCGGGGCGCCGCGGACGUCCUCCACCCUGCCUCCCACGGCGAAGGGUCGGCCAUGCAGAGCCUCAUCAAGUACAGCGGCAGCUUUGCCAAGGAGACCGCAUCCCGGCAGAGCUGCGGCAAGAAGAGCCCCUUUGGCGGCUUGGGCAACAUGAAGUUGGACUCUUCGCAGCUGGGUGCCUCCAAAGUGCAGCAGCUGCUGUCGCAGCAGCCAGCGAAGCAGCUGAAGAGGGAUCCCGAGAGACCUGAGAGUGCCAAAUCCUUUGGCCGUGAGAGCAUUGGCUCCCAGGGCGAGGUGGAGGUGAGGCACUUGCCCGUCGGCAUUGCUGUGGCCGUGGCCCGGCAGAAGGACAACAGCAGCAGCAGCAGCAGCAAACUGGGGCCCAGCCUGGCAGACCGGGAUCGCUCGCUGUCUCUCAGCAGCAUCAAAGGGCAUGGACGCUCGGAAGAUGAUUGCGGGGAUGAGAGGAGCCGCCACCGGGACAGCCACCUCCUGGCAGGGCGCUUGGAGCGGGAUCAGGAGAAGCUGCUCAGAGAGAGCAAGGAGCUGGCAGAUUUUGCCCGGAUACACCCCUCCGGCUGCGCCACGAAUGGUUUGAACUCCAACCUCAUGGUGACGGGAGGCCCAGCCUUGACGGGCUCCGGGCGCUGGUCUGCAGACCCGGCUUCGCACUUGGCAGCCCACCCCUGGCUCCCCACCAUGUGGCUGGCCGGCCAUCCCUACGGACUUGGUCACCCUUCCCUGCACCAGGGCAUGACUCCAGGCUUCCCCCCUGCCAUGGGGGGAGCUCUCCCUUCCGCCUACCAGUUUGCCAGAGACCCACAGUCGGGACAGCUUGUUGUGAUCCCCAGCGAGCACUUACCACACUUCGCGGAGCUGAUGGACCGGGCACCCCCACUGUGGCCCGCUAUGUACCCCCCAACCAGGAGCUCCCUCCAGCAUGCUCACCAGCUCCAGCUCCUCUCCCAUCAGCAGCUGCUGCGGCAGCACGAGCUGUACAUUCUGCAGCAGCAAGCGGCCCAUGCCAUGGAGCUACAGAGGAGCGCCCAGCUCGUGGAGAGGUUGAAGGCGAACGAGCAGCGUGCAGAUAUGGAAGAGAAGGCGACAAAACGGAGCCUGGACAGUGCCAAAUCAGGCCUUUCCUCCUCUGCCCCGGGACUGGUGCACCGAAAACCACCUGUGCUGUCUCCCAGCACCUCCACGUCCUACAGCAAGGCUGUGAGUCCACCUCCCCUCUCUCCCAGGGCCUCACCCGUGUCUGUGCUCAAAGCUGAGGUGAUCCAAAAGAUGGAGGAGCCACCUUCGCAGCCAGCCUAC